GAAAAUUAACUAUAACAAAUUUGGUAUCAGGGAUUCCCAGUCAGCUCCAUCCUUCACGCCAAGGACCCCGUAUCUAUAAGAGCAAUGUCGUCCGCCAUCACUCCGAUGCUUCCAGACUUGGAGGGCAAACGUGUGCUCGUAACAGGUGGCUCUUCUGGUAUUGGGAAGGCUGCUGCGUUCGCUUUUGAUGCGAACUUGUGCCAUGUGGCACUGCUUGGGAGGAGGCUGGAGCGGUUGGAUGCAGUGGCAAAGCAGCUGAAGCAUGGGGUGUCAAUUGUGGCGGACCUGACAAAGGAAGAGGAUAUGAAGCGCGCUUUCAAAGAGACCAUCGAGAAGCUGGGUGGCCUGGACAUUCUGGUCAACAGUGGUGGGGUUGACUUAGACAACAUGAGCAAUGAUGAAACCGCGUUUAUAAAUGACUUCAAGCUGCAUGUAACAGGUAAUCUGACCCUCAUCAGGGCUGCUGAGGAGGAGCUCAUCAAAAACAAGGGCGCUAUUGUCAACAUAUCAUCUGGCGCAGCCGUUGUGCCGAGAAAGGAGAUGCACUCCUAUGGCGUGGCCAAAGCAGCCCUGGACAAGCUGACCAAGGACCUGGCCUUCGAGUUUGCUCCAAAGGGAGUGCGAGUGAAUUCCAUCGUCCCAGCGGUGAUCAACACCGAGGGGUUUGAUGAGAUGGCGGAGCGAGUUGGCGUCCCCAAAGAGGACAUCAUGGCGAAGCUUGCCCCCAAGCAUGUAAUGGGCCGGGUGGGUGAGCCAUGGGAAUGUGCGGCCCCCAUUGUGUUCCUGGCGUCCAACGCUGCAUCCUUCAUCACUGGUGUCAACCUGCUUGUGGACGGAGGUGCCACCCUUGGGUACUGGUUCAAUCAGACCCCAUUGUUGGGAUGAGGGCAUGCAUGCAAACGCGCCGCAGCGCUGGAUGUGUGCAAAUGUGGACACCUGUGGCACUUCUGAUCUAGAGAGUAAAGUGGACUUGCAUUCUUAUGGGUUUUGAGAGCAAUGGCGACAUUUAUAGUCUAUACUGGCAGUAGUACAGAAAGUGUCUACAGAUUGCAGUACUUAAUUCUUCUUCAAGGCAGGCGCUUGGCCGGCUGGCCGACGGGGUAUAAACGCACGCAGAGUGUGCGUCUAGACAUAUGAACAUGCAGCACCUAUAAAGUGACAGAUGUGUUGAGAGGUUCCAACAUUUGUUAUGUACAUGCCUGUGCGCUUCAAGAAGAUGCAUUCCGGUGACUCGCUUGCACACGUGAUUUGCAAAUCAAUUGAACAGAGCAGCUUGACGGACACGCGCAUGGUAAUGCACCAUGCCUGCCAGUGCAAUGAUUUUCAGGAGAUCAAUAUGCAAGGUGGCAUUUAAGAGGGAAGGGAAAGG